CUGAAUUUGCUUUCGAAAUAGCUUCACACUAUCCAGGGAUACAUAUAAGUAAAAGAGCAAGCACAUUUUUUUGAAAAUUAUUAUCGUAAAAAUAAAUAGCCAUUUAGAUCUCGAUGGUCAGGUUUAAAUUCAGACAAAAUUUUCUCGAAUGUGAGUUUAAUUACAAUUAGGAAAAAUUUGAUUAUAAGGAUACUUGUGCUAUUCGAAAAAACGAACUUUACAAAAUUCAUCAGAGGUGGAACGAAUAAUCUACAUAUCUUAGGAUGAGUUUAAUAAUAAUUUGAUUACGACGCCCUGUAAGCAUAAGAAUAAAUGCUGAUGUAAAAGGAAUAUAUAAAAAAACUGCAUAAGUUGAUAGAUUAUAGAGGUUAGCACAUGCUCAAUUUUGACAUUUAUGUGCUCAGGUUAUACUAAAAAAGUUAAACAAGUUGUUGAUAAACAAAAGAUAGAACCAUCAACACAAUCGCAAAAUUCAACUACAGUCCUCACAGGGAAUUAUUUGCAAC